GAGUUUCUGUUUUCCUCUGAUAUUUGUUUGUGUUCCUAUGCAUACGUAAUUACCGGUGAUUAGCGCUGUCUCGUGGAUGUACAGUGUCUGCCGAGUAAUAGCUCCUUAUAACCUAUGGACGGUCUCAUUGAGCGCUCAGCUCUGUCCACGGAGAGGAGAGAGGGGACGGGAAGCGGCUGCUAGAAUAGUGGAAGACGAGAUCAGGAAAGCACAGGAGCUGAGGCAGCCGAGGGGUUCCACUGCAAAUGCUGGAAUGGACAAAAAGCUGUGGGUUACCAACAGUUGUGUGCUUUUUGCUCAAAACUUUUUGUUUUCAUUUUAUUUGGCACUUAUGGAUAACUUUCUUCCAGCCACUUUGACGGAGUUUUCAAACACAGCAGUGAAGCUACUUCAGAACGGGAUACGUACAGCAGCCUGCUGUCUUUACACACUACCUAUGGUCUGAUCCCAGAAUGUUGAUAUUUUAUGUCUAGUGCAGUCUUUGGAAGUAUGAAAUACGUAGGGAUGAAGCUGGUGUAAUCUUAUCCGUUCAGUCAUCACUAAAAAUGGCCAGUGUUGAGGCUUUGGCACACGGCUCCCGCAGGUUGGUGUGGCCUGUCGGUUGUGUGUUUUUGUUUUUGGGCUGCUUAUCGGUGGCAUCGUCCUCCCUCAGCCGCAGGUUAAUCUGCUGGCAGGCCAUCAUGAACUGUCAGACCGAGCCCGAGUGUCAUUACGCAUAUGGGCAGUACAUGCAGGCGUGUGCUGCUGUUCUGAGAGGGGACAGGAAGAGGUGUCCGAGUCACUGCAUCUCCUCUCUGGUGCAGCUCAACCUGACGAACAACGGGCCUGCGCUUGAGGACUGCAGCUGUGCUUCGGACCCCAUCUGCCGGAACACCAAGCGGGCCAUCGAGCCGUGCCUCCCCAGGACUAGCAACAUGGGCUGCACCGAGGCCCGGAUGCAGUGUGAGAGAGACCAGCAGUGCAGCUCCGCCAUGCGAGACUAUUUAAUCUCCUGCGUGAAGCUUUUCAGCGGGGCAACCUGCACGAAUGCUUGUCGGAAUGUGAUUGCAGACAUGCGCAAAAUACCCAAAGCGGAGCGGUUGGAUUCGUGCGUGUGCGACGGGACCGAGAGGACCAUCUGCGAGUAUGUCAAGAUUAGCAUGAAGAACCUGUGCUUCGAAGCUCCUGCGACGGUGGAGGACGGCAGCGGUUCAGAGGACUACGAUGAAGAUGAUGGGGACUUCCCGGUGUCAGAACCGGAGUUCGUGGGGAGGAGCACCGGCUCAGGUGGUUCUGCUGCGGGAAGCUGUGGUGUUGUGACCACGGUGACUGCAUCUGUCCUGAUUCUACUGGCGUCUCUCCUGUAAACUCUCCUCAUAGUAAAACGUAUAUAUAUAUCAGACUGUUGGACAGAUAAACACAUUGAUGACCUUACAAACUCAGACUGUUGUUCAGAUAAAGAUGAAACGCUUGCCUUUCCAAACGGAUGCCAGUCAGUCUGGCCAAUGCUAUUGAAGGAAGAAGCUCCUACUCCAAAGAACAUCAGAUGCAAUUUUUUGUUGCAUAACCAAAUUAGUUUUUUUUUUUUACAAAUAUAACUUUUUUUGUACUGAAAGAUAUCGAAUCAAGUUAGUAUUUUCUAUGCAAAUAUUAUAUUCACUAACAUUAUGGAACCUUGUUGUAUCACUGGUGUGAAGAAAAAUGACCUUCUUUAUUUAAAAAAACAAUCAGAAACGGAGACAUGGACACCUGAACACCAGGCCUACUGUAGUCCAUGUUUAUACUACAUGUAACACCAGGCCUACUGUAGUCCAUGUUUAUACUACAUGUAACACCAGGCCUACUGUAGUCCAUGUUUAUACUACAUGUAACACCAGGCCUUCUGUAGUCCAUGUUUAUACUACAUGUAACACCAGGCCUACUGUAGUCCAUGUUUAUACUACAUGUAACACCAGGCCUACUGUAGUCCAUGUUUAUACUACAUGUAACACCAGGCCUUCUGUAGUCCAUGUUUAUACUACAUGUAACACCAGGCCUACUGUAGUCCAUGUUUAUACUACAUGUAACACCAGGCCUACUGUAGUCCAUGUUUAUACUACAUGUAACACCAGGCCUACUGUAGUCCAUGUUUAUACUACAUGUAACACCAGGUCUACUGUAGUCCAUGUUUAUACUACAUGUAACACCAGGCCUACUGUAGUCCAUGUUUAUACUACAUGUAACACCAGGCCUACUGUAGUCCAUGUUUAUACUACAUGUAACACCAGGCCUACUGUAGUCCAUGUUUAUACUACAUGUAACACCAGGCCUUCUGUAGUCCAUGUUUAUACUACAUGUAACACCAGGCCUACUGUAGUCCAUGUUUAUACUACAUGUAACACCAGGCCUACUGUAGUCCAUGUUUAUACUACAUGUAACACCAGGCCUACUGUAGUCCAUGUUUAUACUACAUGUAACACCAGGCCUACUGUAGUCCAUGUUUAUACUACAUGUAACACCAGGCCUACUGUAGUCCAUGUUUAUACUACAUGUAACACCAGGCCUACUGUAGUCCAUGUUUAUACUACAUGUAACACCAGGCCUUCUGUAGUCCAUGUUUAUACUACAUGUAACACCAGGCCUACUGUAGUCCAUGUUUAUACUACAUGUAACACCAGGCCUUCUGUAGGCCAUGUUUAUACUACAUGUAACACCAGGCCUACUGUAGUCCAUGUUUAUACUACAUGUAACACCAGGCCUACUGUAGUCCAUGUUUAUACUACAUGUAACACCAGGCCUACUGUAGUCCAUGUUUAUACUACAUGUAACACCAGGCCUACUGUAGUCCAUGUUUAUACUACAUGUAACACCAGGCCUUCUGUAGUCCAUGUUUAUACUACAUGUAACACCAGGCCUACUGUAGUCCAUGUUUAUACUACAUGUAACACCAGGCCUUCUGUAGUCCAUGUUUAUGCUACAUGUAACACCAGGCCUACUGUAGUCCAUGUUUAUACUACAUGUAACACCAGGUCUACUGUAGUCCAUGUUUAUACUACAUGUAACACCAGGCCUACUGUAGUCCAUGUUUAUACUACAUGUAACACCAGGCCUACUGUAGUCCAUGUUUAUACUACAUGUAACACCAGGCCUACUGUAGUCCAUGUUUAUACUACAUGUAACACCAGGCCUACUGUAGUCCAUGUUUAUACUACAUGUAACACCAGGCCUACUGUAGUCCAUGUUUAUACUACAUGUAACACCAGGCCUACUGUAGUCCAUGUUUAUACUACAUGUAACACCAGGCCUACUGUAGUCCAUGUUUAUACUACAUGUAACACCAGGCCUACUGUAGUCCAUGUUUAUACUACAUGUAACACCAGGCCUACUGUAGUCCAUGUUUAUACUACAUGUAACACCAGGCCUUCUGUAGUCCAUGUUUAUACUACAUGUAACACCAGGCCUACUGUAGUCCAUGUUUAUACUACAUGUAACACCAGGCCUUCUGUAGGCCAUGUUUAUACUACAUGUAACACCAGGCCUACUGUAGUCCAUGUUUAUACUACAUGUAACACCAGGCCUACUGUAGUCCAUGUUUAUACUACAUGUAACACCAGGCCUACUGUAGUCCAUGUUUAUACUACAUGUAACACCAGGCCUACUGUAGUCCAUGUUUAUACUACAUGUAACACCAGGCCUUCUGUAGUCCAUGUUUAUACUACAUGUAACACCAGGCCUACUGUAGUCCAUGUUUAUACUACAUGUAACACCAGGCCUUCUGUAGUCCAUGUUUAUGCUACAUGUAACACCAGGCCUACUGUAGUCCAUGUUUAUACUACAUGUAACACCAGGUCUACUGUAGUCCAUGUUUAUACUACAUGUAACACCAGGCCUACUGUAGUCCAUGUUUAUACUACAUGUAACACCAGGCCUACUGUAGUCCAUGUUUAUACUACAUGUAACACCAGGCCUACUGUAGUCCAUGUUUAUACUACAUGUAACACCAGGCCUACUGUAGUCCAUGUUUAUACUACAUGUAACACCAGGCCUACUGUAGUCCAUGUUUAUACUACAUGUAACACCAGGCCUACUGUAGUCCAUGUUUAUAGUACAUGUCAACAGAUGCGGUUCUAUUUUUGUUACACAGAGAUUAAACAAUGCAAGGUUUUUAUAAAAAAACAGUUCACUGUCUAUAUUUUAAUAUUUUAACAUGAUAUCAUUGAUAUUGGGUGACUGAUGGCAUCUCUAUGUAUUUAAUGCAACUAUAUGGUGGACUUGUACAUACUGUAUAUUGGUAAAUAAAUGCGGUUUAAAGUAAUUUAUUAAUCCCAAAUCCCGCUUGGGGACAGACGUCAAUUCAACGUCUUUUCCACGUUGGUUCAAUGUAAUGUAAUGCUGUUGCAACAAUGUUGAUUCAACCAGUGUGAGUCAACGUCACAUCCAAACUUUCAAUAUAAAUAUUGAAUAAAUAUGAUUCCUGUCAAAAACAUGAGGAAAAAGUU